AUGGCUGAUGUCCCUGACCUUUCUGCUUCGUCUCUCUUCGGCGGGUUCAAGGGGAAAGUAGCUGUUGUUACCGGCGGAGGCUCUGGCAUUGGUACUAUGAUCGCUACUGCGUACGUCCAGAACGGCGCGAAGGUCUACAUCUCGUCUCGCAAAGAGAAGCAACUGAAGGAGACUGCCGACGCUCUGAACAAAAUGGGACCCGGUAGCUGCGAAUACGUCGUCGCCGACCUCAGUAACAAAGCAGGCUGCGAUAAGCUGGUGAACGAGAUCAAGGCGAAGGAGAGCAAAAUACACGUUCUCGUCAACAACUCUGGCAUGUCUUGGGGCGCUCCCAUAGACAACUUCCCCGAGAAAGAAGGCUGGGAUAGGCUCUUUGCGUUAAAUGUCAAGAGCAUUUUUUACAUGACCGUCGGCUUGUCUGACCUGCUCGCCAAAGACGCGACGAACCACUCACCUGGCGUCGUGCUCAACAUGUCUUCCGUCGCAGGCAUCAACCCUGUCGCCGAGUCCGGCCGCCUAAGCGCGAACAACAGCAGCGUCUACAGCUACAAUGCGAGCAAAGCGGCUGUCAACCACCUCACCUCUUCGCUCGCCGUCACCUUCGCCAAACGCUUCGUGACAGUGAACGCGAUAUGCCCCGGGGUGUUCCCGUCCAAGAUGACGGCCUUUGGUGUGAAGAAGGCAGGUGGCGCUGAGGCUAUGGGCCGCGAUAACCCAUUCAAGCGCAUCGGCGAGCCUCGCGAUAUGGCUGGACUGGCAUUGUUCCUCUCGAGCCCGGCAGGAGCAUAUAUCACCGGCGCACAUAUCGCGCUAGAUGGAGGAGCCACGCUUUCAAGAGGUGCCGAUAUGCUUGGUGGAUCUCAACCGAAACUUUGA